AAUCAAUAUGGGUACAGCUUCAACUUGGCAAGGAAUAUUAUUUAACAUGGCAGCCCCCAUGCGUUACACAACUGUGAGGUCCGCUCUUCAUUUUGGGCGAUCAUUCCCUCAAAAUGCCACGAAAUUUCAUGGAAAUAACUUUAUAAAAACUAGACUCUUUUCGCAACAGAAUCGGUUUACUUUUAUCAAGAGCAACAGGGGCAGUAUUAUGAAAUCUCUGAGCGCAGUUUCAGGAUUGAUUUGUGGGGCUUACAUCGGGCAGCGAUGGAUGAGCACGGGAGAGUCUCGGCAGACCUGGGGCCUACUAUCGCCUAUCGCCAAGCAGCGGGGACAAGUUUGGGAUGGAGAGAAAUGCACAGACGAACCUCAGCUAUUGAACAGAAAACCGCGUAUGCUGUCUGCCGAGGAUUCAGCAAAGUUGAAUUUGACUCUUUACCAAUAUCAAGUUUGUCCAUUUUGUUGUAAAGUGCGAGCAUAUUUGGAUUAUUUUGGUGUUCCGUACACAAUUGUAGAAGUUAAUCCCGUGUUUAGGAAAGAGAUUAAAUUUUCAGAAUACAGAAAAGUUCCCAUCUUGGUACAAUCCUCUCCAGGAAAGGAAGAUAUUCAACUGAAUGACUCGUCUGUUAUCAUUAGCAUUCUAACAUCAUUUAUGGUGACCAAGGAGAAGGAUUUGAGUCGUCUGAUUUCAUACUAUCCUAAGAUGACAUAUACCAAUGAGAAGGGAAAAGAGGUGUCAGAAUUCACUAACAGAUUUAACAUCAUGUUGCUUGAAACACCAGGACUCUCAAAAGCAGAAAAGGCAGAGAUGAAGUGGAGAAAAUGGGUGGAUGAGGUUCUGGUUCACUAUCUUCCUCCAAACAUCUACCGAUCACCAUCAGAAUCUCUUCAAGCAUUCUCUUACAUCUCGAGUCUGGGAAACUUUAAUGCUGUGGAGAAGGUCAUCAUGAAGUAUGUUGGAGCUGCUGGAAUGUACUUUGUUGCAAUGAAACUCAAGAGGAAGUAUAAUGUCAAGCCUGAUGCUCGUGAAUCUCUGUAUGAUGCAGCCAAUGAAUGGAUGGGUGUGGUUGGAAAGAAAGAUUUCAUGGGAGGUGAUAAACCAAACCUUGCUGACUUGUCAGUGUAUGGUGUACUGAGCUCUAUCGAGGGACUAGAUGCUUUCAAUGACAUGUGUAGAAUGACAAAGAUUGGCCCGUGGUACCAACGAACAAAACAAGCUGUCGAAUCUCACGCUGGUGCUCAUUGACCCCGCCUUCUCAUUUACAUAUCAUUCUACCGUGUGCUCUCAGGAGUUAUCUAGGUCACUAAUGAAUUCAAUUAUAUGCAAAUCUAUUCCAAUUUCCAGUAUGUGCAAGGUGUUUGACGAUUGCCUUACAUAGCAAUUGAUUGAAAAUGUUCUGUUUUCAUUUGAAAAGGUGCAAACCAUAAUUCCUUUCUGUUCAUAUUAUGUAGGAAUAUUGCUUUUAAUUGAACCAUUCGGUAAGAAAGCAAGUAUUUAGUACAUUAGUAGUAAUCUAAUGUUGAAAGCUUUUUUGAAAAUGUGCAGACACGUACAUGUAUCAUGCAUUGAUUAAUUGAACAUUUUUUCCAGACCUAAGACUUCCACAUAGUUUAAGGUCAAAGGUGUUCCCGAUCUUUGUUCCUAUUUUGUGAGAAAAGAGUUUGACUGAAAGCCACUGGUGCUUGGUGUCGGUGUUAGUGUCAAUUUUGAGAGAAUAAACAGAGCCGAUCCAUAGAAUAUGGGUUUCUGAGAUGGUACAUGUACCAGACAAUUAGUAUCGGUAGCGUAACUGCUGGUGAUGUAAUAAAGUAUCAUUUCAGUUUGAAGUUGUGGCUUUUAGAAGUUCUGGUUCAGUGCCUGUCCUACAGAAGGUUGCUAUAUAUUCAAAUCAUACUUUAACUGGGAUGAUCUCACAUUAUGUAAUUAAGAGAUAGGUAUUUAGAUAAAUCUCAAUUUUAGUUUGAUUUGAAAAAAAAUAAUUCUUUGUAAGACAGGUACCUGUAUUCAACCUGGAACUUGAAAUCACCCAAUGAAUGUACAUAGAAAAUAGAAUCAUUAAUGUAUCUCAUAUUAUGAUGACCUUGUACCCCAAAAUCUGAAGAGAUGAUGGAGGAAAAUCUAAAUAUCAUGGUUCUUAAGAUCUUGAAUUUAUAUGAAUAAAAUUUUUUGAAUGGCCUUAUUUGACAGGGCAUUAAAUUGUGAAUGUUUUAAAGAAAAUCCAGGUCUGUUGUGUAAGAUUGUGCUGGGUUAUCCAUACAUAUAAAAUAAAUGACUUGUUUCCUGAAAUGAAAUGUUGAAAAUGUUUUCAAUUUUGCUGAAAGAUAUCAGGUUUACAUGAAAAUAUUUAUGACAGCAAUUUGCAAUUCAUUUCAUCAUGAUUCCAAGUCUUAUUUAUCACUAGUGUAUAACACAGAUCUUUACAACUGUAAAAAUGUAUAGCAUUGUCAUGUAAUUUCUUAUAUCUCUAUCAGUGGCAGCAACACAGUUGGGUGGAAGAGGAUGUAAUUGCUCCCUUCCAUGUGAAAAAAGCUGGCAAAUUCAUCAUUUUGAAAAGAUGAACACAGAUUUCAUAACUCUUCUACGAAAUACAUGUAGUUAAAAAUAUAAACUUGCAAUGAUCACCAAGUGUUAAGAGUCCACUCUACAGAAGUUGAUCACCCAUUUGUCAAAUAUCCCCUAAAGUCCAGUUUUCAUCAGAUCAUGAAAGUUGUAAAAUUAACCUUUUUAAAGGAUACCAAAUUUCCCCUUAGACUAACAAAAAUCUGUUCAAAUCUAUUAGGCUAUGGUGUUCAAGUUGUAAGGCAGUGAAUCAAUGGUAUUUAAGAUUCUCAAAUCUAAGCUAUGACAAAACCAAAGAUUUGUGAAGUUUGAGAUGUCAUUUUAUUGAGAUGAUUGGAGGAAGAAUUGUUGAGCAAUCUCUCUUGAAGUUGUAGAAUACAUUUCUCUUCUAAAUGUAAUAAGAUAACACAUGUUUUGAGAUAUUAUUUUGAAAAGCAACACUGAAACAUGUAGAUGUUGUUCGUGACCAAUAGAGAUGCGCAACAUUACAUUUUUAGUUUGAAGGUUAUAAAGGGCUGUCUCAUAAAACUGAUUGUAAAGUAAAUUUUGACUUAACAAAUGAUUGGAAUGUAGCAAGCUAUUCCGAGUUUCUGAAGAACAUUUCAUUGCAUCUGAUAAUUCUGAAUUAUCCCAAAAUUGAUUAUCAUUCUAAACAAUAUAAUAAUGCAAUGCUAAGUCACUAUUUUGCCAGAAUAAAUUUGUGUCCAGUCACGAUUUGAUCAAACUUUACGAAAAAAAAAUUGGGCUGAUAUUUUGGCACUUCAUAUAUCCAGUCAUUUGUAAAUUUGAUUGUAUUAUGUUUUAAUGAUUAGCUUUAUGAAAUUGUCCCCUCUGGUCCUGGCAUUCUGCUUGUUGCUGCCUUUUAUCUGAUGUAUAUGAAAUUUUCUUCGUAAUGAACAUAGUGUAGGUACAUAUUGCAGUAGAUCCUUGGAACUUUAGAAGUAAAUCUUCUUUUGACAUACAGAUGCACUUUGCAGUGAUUUGUGAUGAUGGGUUGAAUAAAUGGACUUUCACAUUUA